CUGCUCUCUGGGGCAUGCGCUCGCGCCGGAUCUGUUUGAUUGCCCGACCGGACCCCUUAGCAACCGGCGCCUUGGCAACAGGCCGGGGCAGUGACGGGAGGUGGAGGACGUUGCGGCUCCGAUACCGGUGAUCAUGAGGCAGGCGCUGGUCGACGACACCGAGGACGUGUCCCUGGAUUUCGGUACCGAGGAGGAGGAGGAACUGGCGCUGAGGAAAAACAGGAUCAGACAUCCACUAGCAACGUUUUUCCACUUGUUUUUCCGCGUAAGUGCCAUCAUUACUUACCUCUUCUGUGACUGGUUCAGCAGAAGCUUUGUUGCCUGUUUUGUGAUGAUACUUCUCCUCUUGUCUUUUGACUUCUGGUCAGUAAAGAAUGUAACUGGAAGGCUCUUGGUUGGUUUACGUUGGUGGAACCAGAUUGAUGAAGAUGGAAAAAGUCACUGGCUUUUUGAAGCCAAAAAGACUACUCCUAAGAAUAGAGCUUCAUCAACUGAAGCAGAAGCUCAGAUUUUCUGGCUUGGACUGAUUGUCUGUCCUCUAAUAUGGACCGUAUUUCUUUUCAGUACUUUGUUCUCCCUGAAGCUGAAGUGGCUGGCCUUGGUGAUAGCAGGACUUUCCUUACAAGCUGCUAAUCUAUAUGGAUAUGUCCGUUGCAAGCUUGGGGGCAACAAGAACGUCACAAAAGCAGCUUCAACGUAUCUAGGCCAACAACUCUUCCAAAGGAGAUAUGCAAAAAAAACGUAGUUUCGAAGCGAGCUUCAACUCUGUCAGCGUGUGUCAGUCUGAUGUUCUUCUGCAUGGACUAUUGUACUGUGAAGGUCACAGCUUUGAGAACCAACACUAAACAUCCCUGCACUGCAGAUAAAGGCAGGGAUUAGACACUCUCACAGUUUGAGCGCUGCCAGACACCAAAGAAAGGAACCAGGACAAAAGAAAUUCAUUCAACCACAAAGACAAUAAACUUGAAAUGACCCGAUCAACCAUCAGUACCAAUGCUAUCGGUGAAUCACUAAUGGUUGCAAUGCUCUACUAUCUACACUUCAUGAAUGACUCACAGACUGAUCUGUAUUUUAAAAAAUUAUUUUGGAUUGAUUUCUUAUUCCUAAUCUGUGUGCAUGUGUGCUGCAUUAUUGUUUCUUCUCGCAUUCAGCAACUAAUAAAUUCACUCUUGUUAACUCAAGACAGCCAGGUUAAAAGGGCUGCUUCUAAAACAUACAUUUGGUCUGAGAAAAAGAUAUCCACAAGGUUAAGGGAUCCUUCUUAAAUUAAUCUUAUUGCAACCAAGAGGAGGGGUGGGAAUGGAUGAAUAAAGAAGGGAUACUGGUUCACCACUCCUCAGUCAGGAACUUAAUAAAUUGGGAUACUCCAUGUGGCACCAUAAUAAAUUGGGGAACCUUUCGCUAAAACUGAUCUUAACAAAACACACUGAAAUCACAGCCAUUAUGAUAUAUUGGGUAAAUUGCCUCAUUUAGUACUGUUAAUAAUUUUCAGUGUUUUUCAAAAGCCUCACAUGAUGGCGUCUGGACUUGAAAUGUUAACUGUUUUUCUCUCUGCAGACGCUAUCAGAUCUACUCAGCUUCUCCAGCACUUUCUGUUUCUGUUUUAAUUUCCAAAGCUUACGGUUCUUUGUUUUAUAUUUCUCAUUCGAAAAGGUACAUUGUGUGAGGAUAGGACUAGAAAUGGUACAAUUGCAAUUCUCCAACCUGUACUCCCCACAAGCCUGGCUGCUCGCUAGGUCAGAUUUAGACAUGCCAACAAUUCAACAACGCAAUACCUACCACUGGAGACCAUCCUGACCCACUCUGGUGUACCUGUGAGAAUAGAAGGGAUGGAUAGAAUUUAAUUAAUAGACUUGCUUUUAAAUUCUUAGCAUGCACAUUUAAGGAUUAAUUUAAAUCAACAUAUUGCUUACAUUAAAGGUUGGCAAGUGUGUGGAAUAAGAUUUUUGCUGCUGUAAGUUAUAUUCAUGACCAUGUUAUUUUGUUGUUAACUUAAUUUAAGCUCCUUAAUAAUAUGACAUUGGUAAUUAUCAUAGAAUCAUAGAUAUAUACAGCAUGGAAACAGUCCCUUCCAUGCAGAUGAGAUAUCCUACACAAAUCUGGUCCCAUUUGCCAGCAUUUGGCCCAUAUCCCUCUAAACCCUUCCUAUUCAUAUAUCCAUCCUUUUUAAAUGUUGUAAUUGUACCAGCCUCCACCUCUGGCAACUCAUUCCAUACACACAUCACUGUCUGUGUGAAAAAGUUGUCCCUUAGGUCCCUUUUAUAACUUUCCCCUCUCACCUUAAACCCAUGCCCUUUAGUUUUGGACUCUCCCACCCUGAGGAAAAAACCUUGCCUAUGUACCCUAUCCAUGCCUCUCAUGAUUUUAAAAACCUCUAUAAGGUUCCCCCUCAGCCUCUGACACUCCAUGGAAAAUAGCCUCAGCCUAUUCAGCCUCUCCUUGCACCUCAAACUCUCCAACCCUGACAAGAUCCUUGUAAAUCUUUUCUGAACCGUUUCAAGUUUCACAACAUCCUUCCAAUAGCAAGAAGACCACAAGUGCACACAAUACUCCAAAAGUGGCAGAACCAAUGUCUUGUACAGCCGCAACAUGACCUACCAACUCAUACACACAAUUCUUCUUCCCCCAACAAAAUAUUUCCCUGAUAUCAGCUAAGCCACAGUGCUGUGUGUAUGGAGUCACGUAUAGGCCAGACCAGGUAAGGAUGACAGAUUUCCUCCCAUGGAGGAUGCUGGUGAACUGGAUUAGCUUUCACUACAACAACUGACGAUAGUGUCAUGGCCAUCAUUAUUAUUAUUGUGACUAGCUUUAAUUCCAGAUUUUAUUAAUUAAAUGCCACCAGCCGCUGCAGUGGGGUUUGAACUUGAGCCUCCUGAGUGUCAACCUGCGGCUCUAGGUUGCUAGUCCAGUGACAUUAUCCCUAACUGUAAAAGGGAUGUCUAAUUUUAAAAAAAAACUUUUAACACACAAAGGCAUAUGUUAAGGGUUGUGUGCUGAAAUUUUAGGGAUAUUGCCAGUAAGUAAUUCUGUACUCAGCAAGUGAUUAAGUCGAGAUGUGUUAUCAGAAACAGUGAGUGUAGGCAGUACUUUAAGGCAGAGAAAUGAGAAGAUUGGCUAAGUUCUGAGGAAGGAUCACUCUAAUUUCUCUUCACAGACGCUGCCAGACCCGCUGAGCUUUUCCAGCCAUUUCUGUUCUUCUUUCACCUAAGAUCCAGUUCACUGCUGAAUUGGGGGAAUGCAAUGAAACCUAAUCAGCCACAGAACUUUCUUCAACAGAAGGAAUCUUAUGUCACAAGGAGUGUCUCUAGCUACACAAUGUACUAAUUUUAAUGCGAUAAUUUCUUAUUUCUCUGCCUUAAAUCACGUAAACUAAUUUGGCCGCAGACCACUUCUUGUCCUGGACGCUGUGUAGUCAAUCAAUUUGUAAUCUAAUCUACAGAAUUAGAGUUUAAGUAUUUUAAACAUUAACUCCAAUUUAAGCAUCUAACCAGAACUACAAAACAGUAUUUUCGCAACAAACUACCCUCUGUACUAAAUGGAACUAUUUUUAAAAAGUCCUUUUAAUUUUACAUUCCAAAUGGUUGUAAGUAAAUACUCCUACUUUUGAUAGGAAUGGGGGAAAAACCCAGAAAUAGUAGUGAUAUUCACAAAAUCUGUUCAUAAAGUAUUUUGGUGGCGCUGAGCACAGAAUUGUGAUUCAAGACUUCUGAAAAUCAUGUUUCUGAUCUAUUGCAGUACACAAAAGGUGCAGCAGGUGGUGCUGCUGAGCCGUCAUUCCCUCCCUCAGAUUCUAAUGCAGCAGACCCUCUACAGUUCAGAGAUUGAGCAUACUUUGGAAAUCGAACACAGUUGUGGCAAAUCAUUGACAAUUUGGUCAUUAUGUCAUAGAGAUAAACAGCACAGAAACAGAACCUUCAGUCCAACUUGUUAAUGCCAACCAGAUUAAAUUAAUCUAGUCCCAUUUAACAGCAUUUAGCCCAAAUACCUCUAAAUCCUUCCUACUGAUGUAUCCAUCCAGAUGCCUUUUAAAUUUUGUUAUUGUCCCUGUCUCCACCACUUUCUCUGGCAGCUUAUUCCAUACACACAUCAUCCUCUGCAUGAAAACGUUGCCCUAUAGGUCCCUUUUAAAUCUUUCCCCGCUUACCUUAAAUCUAUGCCCUCUGGUUUUGAACCCUGGGGAAAAGACCUUGGCUAUUCACCCUAUCUUCAUGAUGUUAUAAAAUUCGAUAGGGUCACUCCUCAGCCUCUGACACUCUAGGGAAGACAGACCAAGUCUUUUCACUCUCUCUCUAUAGCUCAAACUCUCCAACCCUGGCAACAUCUUUGUACAUCUUUUCUGAACCCUUUCAAGUUUAACAAUAUCCUUCCUACAGCAAGGUCGAAUAAACCAGCGAAGGCAAUGGCCUAGCAUUAUCACUUGAUAAUUAAUCCAGAAACCCAGAUCAUGUUCUGGGGCCCCAAGGUCAAAUCACCCUGUGGUAGAUGGUGCAAUUUGAAUUCAAUUAAGAUCUAACCAUGAAAUCCCCGCCGACUGUUAGAAAAACUCAUCUGUUUCACAAAGCUCUUUUAGAGAAGGAAAUCUGCCAUCCUCACCUGGUCUGACCUACAUGUGACUCUAGGCCAACAGAAAUGUUAACUACCCUCUGGGCAAUUUGGGAUGGGCAAUAAAUGCUGGCCUAGACAGAAUCACCCACAGAGGUCAAAAAGAAAUGUUUAAACUAAAUUUAUGAAGAACAGUUUCAAAUGGACUUGAAGGAAGCUCUGGCUUCAUUUGACCUGAUUAAAUUGGAAAUCGGGAUGCCCAAAAACAGUUAACAAUGAACAAAGUACUUUUUGAAGUUGUGUACUUAUUGUUGCAAUGUAGGGAAGUUAGUAUCGGAUUUGUGCACAAAAAGCCCCCAUAAACAAAGGUGAUAAUGACCACCUAUUGUGUUUCAGUGAUGUUGUUUCAGAGAUACAUAUUCGACCAGGAGACAGGAAUAACUCACUUCUUCGAAAUGAGGCUAUGAAAUCUUUUACUUUCAGCUUUAGUAUUGCACCGAGUUUCAGCCCAGGCUUCUGUGUCCAAGUCACCGGAGUGGGGCUUGAACACAUCACGUCCUGGCUCGGAGACAGAAGUGCUGCCUGCUGAGCCACUGCUUACACACAAGGCAGCUGCAGGUGAGACGAUGAAUAGGUAAGACCACCAUGCUUUCUGAACUAGGUAAACUAUGUCACCAAUGGUUUAAGACCCUUCUAAAUGAUGCAAACCUCAUACUGGCACCUCCGGAACUUACAUUUUCCCCUCAAUCUGAGGAGUCCACCCCAAACAUGGCUAACAGGGUGGUUGACUGCUUCCAUCCCAUUUCCUGCAUUUCUACUCCCACUCUUUUCCCAGGACCACAUAGGGUUUUCCUUGUCCUCACAUUCUACCCCACCAGCUACCAUAUACAAUUGUUCUGCACCAUUUCUACCACUUCGACACCAUCAUCAAACACACCUUCUGAUCCCCUUUCAGCAUUCCAGAGGAGUUUUACUAUAAUUUGCUACAUCUGUGUGCACCUUGUCUGCCCUUCAAGCCACCUUCAACACGCCUCCCCUUUCUCUCGCAACUUUCCACUCAAGACGAGAGGCAGUGGUAAUGUCACUGCACGUGGCAGAUGGUGGAAUUUGAAUCAAUAAAAAUCUGGAAUAAAAAGCUAGUCUAGUGAUGGCCAUUAAACUGUGGUUGACUGUCAAAAAAACCCAUCUGGCUCACUAAUGUCCUUUGGGGAAGGAAAUCUGCCAUCCUUAUCUGGUGUGAUCCUCAUGUCAUUCCUGACCCACAGCAAUAUGACUGGCUCUUAACUGUCCUCUGGGCGAUUAGGGACAGGCAAUAAAUACUGGCCUGGCCAGUAAUGUCCAUGAACAUGAACAAAUUUUAAAGGGUGUAGGUGAUGCGACAACUGACCUUUUUUUUUGAAACCUCUUCUAGGCCCAGAACACACUGUCCAGGUGAAAAUUUCAAAUUAACAUACAUGAUUCACUGCUCAUAACAUUGUACAUUGGGGAGACCACUGUAUAGGAAAAAUCCCUGUCGUUUAUCCCUGUAAUUCCCUGCUUUGCUAUGAUCCUCAGUUUCCUAUAUGCUCCAACGAAGCUCAACAUAACCUCAAAGAUAUUCCAGUGUAAACCGGUUCAACCUUUAUUUGGAGCUUCCUGACAUUCUGCUCACUGCACCAAUCAGUUUAUGAUCCUGAAAUUCAACAUUUAAUCUGUUUCAUAGAAUUCAACACCAACCAACUUAUAUCAGUAAAAUUCAAUUCAAAAAAUACAAUGCUUUACUAUGAGCUAGACUGUAAUCACUAUGCUAUACUGAACUACUCUGUGAGCACUUUACUAUACUGAACUAGACGGUAAUAACUACAUUUUACUGAACUGGGUUGCGAUCACUAUACUGUAUUGAACUAUGCUGUGAUCAUUCUGCUGUACUGAAUUAUGCUGUAAUUACUAUAGUACAGUAAAUAACAUUAUGGUUACUAUAACACACUGAACCACACUGUAAUCAUGAUGUUAUAUUGGACUAUGCUGUAAUCAUUUAUGUUGUGGGGUUCACUCUGACCUUCAAGAAGCAUUACAAAUUUUCCCAUGUACCAAAUGAGCAGUUUUCGCUGAUCCCUGCAUGAAUUCUCUUUCUGAAACCCACGAUAUUGUACUUUCCGCCGAUGGAUCUCCAUUUCACAGUUAUUUUGUUGAAGGGACAUCACCUGACAAAGAAGCAAUGCUUCAAAAGCUUGUGAUUUUAAAUAAA